GGGUACUAUCAGAAUUUAUGUUGAUUAACUCUAUAUUAGAUUUUAAUAGUAUCAAAUCUUUUAAUUCGAUAGUAUAAAUAAAAAACUUAUAUAUACAAAUAAAGAUAUUAAUAAUAACUUUGACAAACAUUUUUACAAAAAAUAAAAAAUAAGUUAAAUAAACACAACAAUAAUCUUUAAAAAUGUCAACUGACUAAGAAAAGAUAAUAAAAUAAGUAUUAGAUUCAAUAGCAGAGCAAUAGGGAGAUAGUAGAGAUGAUGAAGUUUAUGUGAUAGAAAUAAUGUCAUUACGCUUUGAGAAAUUUGAUAAUCGAAUUAAGUAGAAGAUUGAAAGAUUUACAUCUCUUUAAAUGCUAACAAUCAACGAUUGCCUUAUCUCUGAUUUAACUAACUUCCCUCAUGUUCCUUCUUUGAUUAGAUUAGACUUGGUCUUUAAUAAAAUUACUGGAGACUAGCUUUAAUAUUUGAGAGGAUCAAGACAUUUACAAACUUUAAUGCUUGGUGCAAAUUAAAUUGAAGAGAUCGAAGACUUGAAGAGACUCGGUUAGAUGAGAGAAUUAAUUCAACUAGAUUUAUUGAAUAAUCCAGUUGUUAAUACAAAUAAUUAUAGAAAUUUAGUUUUUAAUUUGUUUCCUUCUUUGGUAAUAUUAGACACUUUAGAUAAAAAUGGAAUUGAUUAAGAAAAAGCAGCUCUUGAUAUUUCUGCUUCAAGAGUGCCUGAUAACUUAUUUGAUAAAUCUAAGCCUGUAUAAAAUGUUUCCAAAUAAGUAGUUAAAAAUGCUAAAGCUACUUAAAAUAAUCUUUUCAGUUCUACACAAAAAGUAGCUUAAGUUAAAUAAAUUCCCAAAAUUGUACCUGCAAAAGUAUCUAAGCCUUCUCAAGCAUCAGUUUAAGACAACAAAUCUAAUGUAGUUUAAGCAAAAGUUACUGCUGCUGUAAGUGUUGGUAGAAAAGCACCUGCAUCAAGAAAUGGUGGAGUACCAUCAAAAGCUGGAAAAGGCAAAAUGAAUGCUUUUUCAAAGUAGUCUACAUCUCAAAAAAGUGGUUUAGUAUUUCCUUGUGGAAGACUUAGAAGAUACUUGAAACAGGCUUGCAAACAAUUUAGAGUUUCUUCAAGCUGUAACAUUUACUUAGCUGGUGUUCUUGAAUACUUAGCAGCAGAAGUCUUAGAAACUGCAGGAAAUAUAGCAAAAAACAAUAGGCUAAGUAGAAUUAACCCAGUUCAUAUAAGAGAAGCUUUUAGAAACGAUGCUGAGUUAAACUAAUUUGUAAAUGGUACUAUUAUAGCUGAAGGAGGAAGCACAAGUACUAAUUUUGUCCUUCCAAUUAUUAAUAAAUCCAAAAAAUGAUUAAAAAAAAAAUUCAAGUUAAAUAAAAUAUAAAAAUAAAAAUAAUCACUAAAUAAUUUAUCAAUAUAAAAUAAUUUAAAAAUAAAUAUAGUUUAUAAUAUUAAUAAAUAAAUAAAUAAAUAAAAUAAUCAUUAACAUUAUUUUCAUUUUAUUGUCAUUUUAUUUCCAAAUUUAAGUCCUAAAGUUUAUUGUAAUAUCAAUGAGAUUUCUUUAAAAUUUUAAAAAUUCG